AUGGCGUUCGUUCUUCAUUUUGUCUAUGGUGCCGGUGUUGCUGGUGUUGCUGCUGCUAAUCUGGUCUUUUCUGAUCUAUCUGUGGUGUUUUUCUAUGGUGCCGGUGUUGCUGGUGUUGCUGCUGCUAAUCUGGUCUUUUCUAGUCUACUGUAUUUGGUGCAUGCUCGUUCUCUGGUGUCGCUCAUUCUUUGGUUCUUCUAUGGCGCUGGUGUUACUGCUACUGUAGCUAAUAUGGUCUUUCCCAGUCUACUGUAUUUGGUGCAUGCUCGUUCUUUGGUCUAUCUCUGGUAA